AUGAUUCGUCGAGACUAUGCCCCUCGUGACUGUCUAGCUAUCCAAUUGGAAGAGGCUGAUGCCCUUCGGUCAGCAUAUGAUGCCGAGGUCGGCUUCAUCUAUGCUAUAACCAUCCACGGCGAGUGUGAUGUCGAGGCGGAUGCCACAUUCAUGUUCACCCUCCCUAGAGGCUACCCUCUCAAGCUCGAUGCCAUCCCAGAGAUCAUAGCUGCGGAAGGCUCCGAGGCUGUAGGCAGUAAAUUAAAGAAGUUACAAGAGCUUGUAUUGGGGAAUGUAUGGACCCAACUGAAGGCCGGCUACGUCUUCCCUAUACUUGCUGCCCUUGCUCCUUACGGGGAGACGUGGGAGGCCGACAGAGAGGAGGAGGAACAGGCGAAGCGAGAGGCAGCAGCUCUUCAACGGAAAGAGGUUAUCGAGCAGGAGCAGGAGGCGGAAGCCACGAGGGCUGAGGUGGUGCAGGAAGAGGCAGCGGAGGAGUAUGAAGCCUGGAGGGAACAGAUGGAAGCCAUGCAGAGCCGCAAGGGGGAGUUUCGGAAAGGCACUUCUAAGGGGAAGGGAAGGACGAAGGCAUGUAGAACUCUGGACCCGUCCGAUUUGAGGGGAGGGGAGCCUAUCACUGAGAAGAAAUCCAAGUUCCAAGCCCACCUGGCAUUCGUUGAAAGCGAGGAAGAUGUGGAGGUCGCGUUGAACACUCUAAAGCAGAGCCACAAGAUACUCAGGGCAACGCACAACAUGUAUGCGUAUCGGUUCAGAAUGAAGGAUGGCAGUGGGAAAUUGGACAAGUCCGCAGAUCUCGGCUAUCAUCAGGAUCAUGACUCGGAUGGAGAGAGCGGUGCCGGGACGAAGCUUCAGGAGCUUCUCACACUUACUGGUGCCGAAGGAGUGUUGGUCGUAGUCUCUCGAUGGUACGGCGGCAUCCACUUGGGGCCGCUGCGGUUCAAGCUCAUCAACCGGGUGGCACGACAGAUCCUCGAGGAUGAGGGGGCGAUCGACCCCGGGGCCCACCAUAAUGGGAAGAAGCCAAAAUAG